AUGUCUUCUUUUGCCUCUCGUUCCUCCGAGGCUCCACCGCCGUCGUCUCAUGACGAGCUUUCCCAGCAGCUUCGAGAUUUGAAUUUGGUUGUCAAGCCAAAUAUUGACGACAGAACUGCGCAGAUACUUUCAAAUCUCAUUGGCCGAAUUCAUUCUGAUCCGAACUUCAUUCACUAUCUGGACGAUUCUCUUGCUGGUAGCAAGUCUCGUGAACUCCCCAGCAAUGACAAACACCAUUUGAACGAUGCUCUUGAUAGCAACAAGUUUUGGGGAUCCUCGAACGGGGGCGACGACCGGGCCACGGUUAGUCCAACUCCUACCAUCCCGUGUUUGAACACAAUCGAAACCCCUUUGGAGAGCGAAGCUGGCUAUCAAAUCUCAGAUGGAUUAUUCAAGCGCGAAAUGUGGGAACCCAGUGGGAGGCGCCAUUCCGGUCGAUUCAGUUGCAGGCCUAUUUCGGUCAUGGUCAAUGACACCGAGUUCUUUGUUCACGGGCGAAUUUUGCAGGCCAUGUUCUUGGACCUCUCAAACUGCUUAGGAGGAGGCGACAUUCUCUAUGUGAGCGACAUUCCUGAACAUGUAUUCGAAGCAGCGCUUGAAUAUCAAUACGGCCGGAGCGUUGGUACCCUUGAAAAGCUCCUUGACGAUGAACUGGAGCUUCUUGGUCACUUUGCAAUGAGCAACGACAAUUGGCCUCUGCUUGGCGCAAUCUACCAGAUCAGCGGAACAGAGCUCUUCGACAAACACAGCCUUUUGUAUAUUACCUAUUUGUACGAAGAUUGUUCCGAUCUUCCAGGGUUCAGGGAUUACUUCCGAGAAAGCUUACGAAAGGAGCUUCCGAAAAGACAUGAGAAUGGUGGGUCGCGCGCCUUUAUCUCCGAGCUCGUCGCCGAAUUGCAGCGUAAGAGCAAACCUUCCAACGCCAUGGAAGAUGUGUCUAUGGUGCUACAUGAACUAUGGUCUGCAAGCACGACAACAGCGAAGUCCUUAGAAGCCAAACUCGCUGCUCGAGGCAAUGUCGGUAGCGGCUCUGACAACAUCGAUGGCAGUGGCUGGACAAAGUCUGCAAACGAUUUAGCUUGGCACAGAGACGGUAACCAAAACGAUCUUCAGCCCAGCAGCGGACGGGACGAUGAUGUGGAAGUGGCCUGGGAGAAGAUGAUCAAGACAGCAUGGCCAGCGGCCUACCGUGCUGCAUCAGACCUUGAUUCUCCUGCACCUACAAGUCCUCCUCCUCCAGCUCCUGUCAACCCGCCAACCCAAUCCAACUGGGGCUAUACGGCCUGGCGCGAUCUCAACAAUUCCAGUUCCCUGCCGAAAUCCCCUCCAGCCACGGCCCGCGGCAGUCCCCAUCUUCUGCACAAAACCUCCGCUCUCGGACGCUGCAUUCACCAUUGGAUGAGCCGACAACGCGCGGAAAAUUGCUGCCGUAAGAGCUUCACGGUGGAGGAGAUUGCCACGAGUGUCGGUUGUACCGAGGACGAGGUGGACACAGCGCUUGCCGAACUCGUGGAAGACGGGUUCGUCUCGAACGUCGAGAGCUGGACCGGACAGACAUUGUACAGAGCCAUCUUUUCCAAGACAACAUCCCUUUCCGGCUGGGAAGUGAACCAGGACCUAUGUGAUUGA